AUGGGAACCAAAACAACGAGAGGGGAACCAAGACAACAAGAUGGGAACCAAGACAACAAGAGGGGAACCAAGACAACAAGAGGGGAACCAAGGCAAGAAGAGGGGAACCAAGACAACAAGAGGGGAACCAAGACAACGAGAGGGGAACCAAGACAAGAAGAGGGGAACCAAGACAAGAAGAGGGGAACCAAGACAAGAAGAGGGGAACCAAGACAACAAGAUGGGAACCAAGACAUCAAGAGGGGAACCAAGGCAAGAAGAGGGGAACCAAGACAACAACAGGUUAAACCAAGGCAACAAGAGGGGAACCAAGACAACAAGAGGGGAACCAAGACAAGAUGGGAACCAAGGCAACAAGAGGGAAACCAAGGCAACAAGAGGGGAACCAAGACAAACAAGGGGAAACCAAGACAAACAAGAGGGGAACCAAGACAAGAAGAGGGGAACCAAGACAAACAAGAGGGGAACCAAGACAAACAAGAGGGGAACCAAGGCAAGAAGAGGGAAACAGAGACAUCAAUAAGGGAACCACGACUUAAGGAACGGAACCACUUGAGUGAAGCCACAAGAGACGUGAACCAACGCAAUUAUAGGGGAACCACCACAAUAUGUGGGGAAUCACGACUAGAGAUGGAACAAGUAGAAUACAACUACUAA